AGGCCGGGUUUUCAAGCGCCAAGACGGAAGUAACAGAGCGCCGGAAGUUCCAGGGCCCGCCCUGGGAAAGAGGUGGGGGCGGGGAACUAGGAGGAAGACUACGGGUGGAAUGGCGGCUCAAAUUCCAAUUGUGGCCACCACUUCCACUCCCGGGAUAGUCCGGAACAGCAAGAAGAGGCCGGCCAGUCCUUCCCACAACGGCAGUAGCGGCGGGGGCUAUAGCGCCAGUAAGAAGAAAAAAACAUCCGCCUCCAGCUUUGCGCAGGGUAUCGGCAUAGAUGCCAUGAGUGAGAAUAAAAUGAUGCCCUCUGAGUUUAGCACCGGACCUGUGGAAAAAGCUGCCAAACCUUUGCCAUUUAAGGAUCCCAACUUUGUGCACUCUGGCCACGGUGGUGCGGUAGCUGGCAAGAAGAACAGAACCUGGAAGAACCUGAAACAAAUUCUCGCUUCCGAAAGGGCGUUGCCGUGGCAACUGAACGAUCCUAACUACUUUAGUAUUGAUGCUCCUCCAUCCUUUAAACCAGCCAAGAAGUAUUCUGAUGUUUCAGGUCUUCUUGCCAAUUACACGGACCCUCAGAGCAAACUGCGGUUCAGCACCAUCGAAGAGUUUUCCUACAUUCGGAGGCUGCCGUCCGACGUCGUCACCGGCUACCUGGCCCUGAGGAAGGCCACAAGCAUUGUUCCCUGAGCCUGAGAAAUGGAGAUGAAGUGGAAAACUAUUUCAAAGGCAGACUUCGGACUCGUGAUUUUGUUUCAUGGAAACAAACUCAUUCUGCUGUCAAUCUGAAAAUGCCAGUGCUGUGCCUUGGAAAGAAUGUUUGGCUUUACUUUAAGUUUUUUUUUUUUUUUCUCCCCUAUAUUUUCUCUCCAAGUGUGAUAUUUCCUGUUGAAUUAAAUUAUACUUCAGUUGUUGCUUCGAAUAAAGUUGUUUGACAAGAAAAUACGAUAAAACUGAACUUUUAAGUUAA